AUGCUUUAUCAUUCCAUUUUCGCCGGCGCCGGCGCCGUCGCCAUCAUCAUAAUCAGCGCGACGGCGCAAGAUUAUGCAAACUGCAGCCGGCAGUUCGACUGCGGCGGCUUCCGAAUCAGUUACCCUUUCUCGGGGCUCUACCGCCCUGCCUACUGCGGCCUCCCGGCGUUCAAUCUCGAUUGCAAAUUAGGCGUGAUUCCGACGAUCGUCAUCUCCGACCGGCUUCACCAGAUUCUCGGAUUCGACGAACGGUUGCGGACCCUCACCGUUCUCCGGGUCGCUUACACGGAGUUCCUCUGCCCCACCGCCGAUCUCCGGAACACCACCUUGGAUCCGCGUUUGUUCAGUUUCACGCCGGACACUCAAUUCGUGGCGCUCUACUACGAUUGCCCGCCGCCGGCGACCAGCAUUCGACUCCCGAUGAGCUUGGGGCGGCUCAAUUGCAGCGGCGGUAAAACAGGGGAUUACUUUCUGCUCAGCGAGGACCUGGUCGGGGGAUUUCAGGAUUCGGUCAGGAAUUGGUUGGGAUCCUGCGGCAAUCGAAUUACGGUCCCUGCGAAUCCAACCCAGGUGGGGAGCUUGUUGCCGACGGCGGAGAGGUUGACGGCGGUGAUUUCCCGAGGUUUUGGGCUGCAGUGGACGGGAGAGUUUGACGGUGAUUGCGUAAAUUGUAGGAAUUCCGGUGGGGAGUGCGGUUUCAAUUUCGGGGAGAUGAGGACGCGUUCGUUGUCGUUCGCUUGCUAUUGCUCUAAUCACGCUUACGGCGCCGAAUGUUUGGACCUUAGUACUGCUUCGCCGCCGGCGAAACAGGUCGAUGAAACCGUUCAUGAAGGGAAGAACAGGGUCCUGCUGAAAAUGUUGCUCCCAAUUGCUAUCUUCAUUACUCUGUUCGUUGUUGUCAUCGCUCUCUUUCGCUACAUCUGGAGCAGAACAUUGCGGAAUCAAGAUCGGAAAAGCUUCUCUCUCCAUCUGAAACCACCAGAGUUCAUCAUCAAACAUCAACGAGCCAAAUGUUCACCAUUCGGCGGCGGCGGAAACGUCGAGUCUCCUCCGAGCCUCCAAGCAUUCACCUUCUCCGAAAUCAAAGCAGCAACCAACGACUUCUCCGAUGAUAACUUGCUUGGGUCUGGCGGGUUCGGCCCUGUCUACAAGUGCGUGUUUCCCGGAGGCGAGAAAAUGGCGGUGAAGCGACUCUCGAAAUCGUCGACUCAGGGGCUCCGGGAGUUCACGAACGAGGUUUCGCUCACCGCGAGGCUUCAACACGUGAAUCUGGUCAGGGUUGUAGGUUUCUGCACCGAGAGUGAUGAAAAGAUGUUGGUCUACGAGUUCAUGCCGAACAGAAGCUUGGACAUUUACCUCUUUGAUCCGAUAAAAAGGUUGAGCUUGGACUGGAGCACUAGGGUUAGGAUUAUCGAAGGAGUGGCUCAAGGACUUUUGUACCUCCAGGAGUACUCCAACUUCACCAUCAUUCAUAGAGAUAUAAAGGCCAACAAUGUUCUUCUCGACAAUGGAAUGAACCCGAAAAUUUCGGAUUUCGGGAUGGCAAAAUUGUUCAGUAAAGAUCUAUAUGAAGCUCACACCAACAAAAUUGUCGGAACCUAUGGAUUUGUUCCUCCAGAAUAUGUGAAGAAUGGGAUAUACUCGAUAAAGUAUGAUGUCUACAGCUUUGGAGUUUUGCUUCUACAAAUUAUUAGCAGUAAAAGGAACCAACAUUACUAUGGCCCAAAUGAGGACAUGCACCUUUUAGACCAUGCUUAUGACUCAUGGAGAAGAGGGGAAGGCGUGGAGUUUUGCGACUCCUCAUUGGAUGAUUCAUCUUCGCACUAUAAAUUGAUGACAUGUUUGCAAGUAGCAUUGUUGUGCGUUCAGGAAGAUCCAGACGACAGACCAACAAUGUUGGAAGUAUCAUUUAUUUUGAGAAAGGAUGAUUUAGGUAAGACUGCCCCAAAAACACCUGCAUUUUCAACGAGAAGGGAAACAAUAUAUACCAUGAAUUCAAGAUCCCAACAAAAAAUUUGGUCAUACAAUGAUGCUGACAUCUCUCAAGUCGAACCUCGGUGA